AUGUCUACUGGAUCUGUCAGUGACACUGAGGACAUACGGGAAAUGGAAUUACAGGCGCUCCAUCUUCAAUGUAACGGUUUCAAACACGAGUCGAACGACACGGAAUUCUACGUCUCGGCUGAAAACACUGAUGAAUCGAGCUCUGAGUGCGGCUCCAAGAGAAAGAGGCGAGGGAGUGUUAGGAAAAAGCAACUGCCCAAGCUGGGCAAAGAAGGGAAACAAUCACAGAGGAACGCUGCCAACGCCAGGGAGAGAGCUAGGAUGAGAGUCCUGAGCAAAGCCUUCUCCAGAUUAAAAACCAGCCUUCCUUGGGUGCCUUCAGAUACCAAACUCUCCAAACUUGACACCCUCAGACUGGCAGCGAGCUACAUCGCACAUUUAAGGCAAAUCUUAGCAAAUGAUAAAUAUGAAAACGGAUACGUCCAUCCUGUGAAUCUGACUUGGCCUUUCGUGGUUUCGGGAAGAUCAGAUGUAGACAGCAAAGACCUGUCGGCCACGUCCAGGCUGUGUGGGACUACAGCCUAG